AUGAACAGGUUUCGUCUGGGUGUGUUUCUGUCCUCAGGUUUCAUUGGCUACCUUCCUAGCAUCAGAGAGAUGGUUGCUGACUGGAAGGGAGAGGACAGUGACAGUGACCAGCUGUUCUUCACCAACAUCUACAUCGAUCCUGCUAAAAGGAAAUCCAUAAAUAUCACAGUGGACAACAAAUGCAGAAUGUUCCAGAACCUCCAUGGAGCCCUCGAUGAGGUGGUGCUGAAGUUUGAGGAUGGACGUGUACGUGCCAGGAAUGUUCUGUAUGACACCCUGCCUGUGGUCGUCCAUGGGAACGGACCAACCAAGCUCCAGAUCAACUACCUGGGGAACUAUAUCCCCAACAUGUGGACGUUUGAGAAGGGAUGCAAAGCGUGUAAUGAGAGGCUCCUCCCACUGGAAGGUCUUCAGGAGAGCGAGUACCCACUGGUGCUUAUCGGCAUCUUCAUUCAGAAGCCCACCCCUUUUGUUACGGUGUUCUUUGAACGCCUCCUGAAGCUCCAGUACCCCAAGAACAGACUGAAACUCUUCAUCCACAACCAAGAAGCUCAUCAUGAGAGUCAGGUCAGCCUUUUCCUGAAGGAUCAUGGGAGCCUUUAUCAGGAUGUCAGGGUGAGCGGGCCUGAGGAGGAGGUGGACACUGCUGCCUCCCGCAACCUGGCCAUCGAUGUGUGCCGGAAAGACGAGGGCUGUGACUAUUUCUUCACCUUGGACAUUGAAGUGGUCUUAAAGAACGAAAACACACUCAAAAUUCUCAUUGAACAAAACCUUCCCUUUGUGGCCCCGAUGAUAACUCGCGCUGGCCGACUGUGGAGCAACUUCUGGGGGGCCCUCAGUGCAGAGGGCUACUACGCCAGGUCUGAGGACUACGUGGACAUAGUGCAAGGACGCAGAGUGGGUGUGUGGAAUGUCCCGUAUGUGUCCAGUGUGUACCUGGUAAAGGCCAGUCUGCUCCGGUCUGAGCUCACUGACUUCCAUCUGUUCAACUCAGACAUCUUAGACCCCGACAUGGCCUUCUGCCACAACAUCCGCAAGCAGGGAGUCUUCAUGUUUGUGACCAACAUGCACACUUUUGGUCGCAUCGUGUCAACAGAGACCUACCAGACCAGCCAUCUCCAUAACGACCUGUGGCAGAUCUUUGAAAACCCAGUGGACUGGCAGGAGCGCUACAUCCAUGAGAACUACACCUACAUCAUGAGAGACAAGCUGAUCGAGACUCCCUGUCCCGAUGUCUACUGGUUCCCGAUUUUCUCCAAUGUUGCCUGUGAUCACAUUGUUGAAGAAAUGGAGCAUUUUGGGAAGUGGUCAGGAGGAGGCAAUACGGACGUCAGAAUCCAGGGUGGCUAUGAGAACGUGCCGACGAUAGAUAUCCACAUGAACCAAAUCAACUUUGAAAAGGAGUGGCACAAAUUCCUGCUGGAGUACAUCGCACCGAUCACAGAGAAGAUGUAUCCUGGGUACUACACCAAGUGCGCCACCCCUCUGAACUUCGUGGUGAGGUACAAACCUGACGAGCAGCCGCUGCUUGCGCCUCACCACGACGCCUCCACGUUCACUGUUAACAUAGCCCUGAACAGCAAGGAAGUAGACUACCAGGGUGGAGGCUGCCGGUUCCUCCGCUACGACUGCUCCAUCGAGGCCACUCGUAAAGGCUGGACCCUGAUGCACCCGGGCCGCCUCACGCACUACCACGAAGGCCUGCCCACCACUGGGGGGGUGCGAUACAUCGCUGUGUCCUUUGUAGACCCCUGAACACAUCACCAGCUCUAAAGCCAACAGGACACUCUGCUGACCGCAUCCGAACGCAUCACGGCUCUCCACACCUUCGCUCUUCUCUUUCGCUUGUUCGCAUUUUCAAAAUAAUGUUGUUUCUCUGUUACUCCAAGACUCUCAUACAACGUCUGACCUAUUAGCCACAGCAACAGUGCUCUGUGAUGAAAACACAGCUGCAUAAUGAACCAGAACAUGUUAGCGCCACAUCAGAGGAGAACUGGCUCCACAGUAACACUUCCCCAAAGCUUCUCAGAUGUAAUAUUAGCAGGAGUGAUGUCACAGCAGCAGAACCUGCACGGGGUCAGCGAGGCAUCGGGGGGCCAGCUCCCCAGGUGGAAGCUUUACAAAUAGACAUUUAUGGUCAUUUCAAGUGCUUACAUUUGUAUGUCUCCCGCAAUUGUGUCAUCGUUUCACACUCCACCUGCCUUGGGAAAGUGCCUUGUUAUGGUGUUUUGGGUCCUUGGAUUUAAGGGAAUUGGAGCCUGGAAAUUCCUGGAAUGAGAUUUUCUAUAAGGUGAAAAAUGUGAAAGAAAGGAUGAUAAAAUAUUGUCCUCUUGUGAGUUACAAAACAGUGAUCUUACAUCAUUGUGUAGCCUGCUGUAGGGUACAUGAUCCAGGAUAGUCACUGAGUUUAUUAUCAUCAUUCACCUGAAAAUGAGAUCACAUGUGAUUUAUAAAAUGUUAAACCAAAGACAGCUAAGAAUUAACAAUGUUCAGCCAGAUGUUAUCAGGAAGUAGCUCCUAUGCUAACAUGCAGCGGGAACACCUGAUCAGAAACGUCUCACACUCCAACCUCUCACCUCAUCUCACCAGCUUUAUUCUCCUAAGUAGACGUGUGUUACUUUAGUCCCAGUUCUGAACUCCUGUGUGUGUGGAGAACAAUGUUGAAACUUUCAGUCAGAAGCUACUGUUGUAGUGUGUUUGUUCAGACCCCGUCACAUGGACUCCUCAGGAAACCACCAGCUCCAAUUCUUUACCAACGCUUGUGGAACAUAUUGUUACAUUUACACUAGCUGUCCCACUAUGUGUUACUAAAGUACUUCUUUACUAACUUUUUCAACAGAGACACUUCCAAAUCCUGCUAAGGCUCUAUUUAUUUUGUGUAUAUAUCAUUUGAUAAAGGCCACACUCUCUAAAUUGUUUUGUAAUAUAACUGCAUUUUGGGAGAGAUACUGAAGUCCUUCUCUGGUGCACUCACUGAUAUCAGCUGAGUUACAUCUAACGUUGUCCUUUCUUGUUACCAGCCAUCACUGAGCUAAGACUACAACUUGAAUAAAUCUGUGAACCAAA